AUGUUGAACCACUCGCUGUAUCCUGAAAACUAUCGACAGAUAGGUGAAAGUUUCGUUAUGGAGUACUACGAUACCAUGCAGCGAGAUAGAAGCUCUCUCAAACUUUUUUAUCACAACCAAGCAAGGAUGACAUACGAAGGUGAUGUGUUAGUAGGUCAAGAUAAAAUUGGUGAAAAGUUUCUUUCACUUCCUGCUAAUAAAAUUCAGGUGGGUAUAACUAAUGUUGAUGUUCAUCCAAACGAAAAUUCUGUUCUUAUAUUUGUCUGUGGACAAGUUCAGUGUGAUGAAGAUCAGAUGUCCGACGUUAUGACGUUCCGCUCUCUACAAUAGCAACAAUCUUGGUACUACCAGAUCGCUCUGCAUAUUAUAUCCAUGCUGGACAAAUGCUUGACCACUUUGUCAUAUAAAAUCCAAUGUAGCACUUGAGGUUAUAAACCACUAUCACCUUUAUCGUUUCCCAUUUUAAUGUAAUUGUGUGCAUCACAGUUAAGCCAAG